GACGCCUUCACUCCAUUCCCUAGGGCGUAAAACGCAGGAAGGAAACCACCGAGCCGUAGCAGAAGAAGACGACGCAGAAGAAGAGGAGGUCUCUCUCUCUCUCUCUCCAUCCAUUUUGCCGGCACGGGAGGAGAUGGAUCGGUACCAGAGAGUGGAGAAGCCGAGGGAGGAGACGCCUAUUGACGAGAACGAGAUUAGGAUUACGAGCCAGGGAAGGAUGCGCAGCUACAUCACCUACGCCAUGACCCUGCUUCAGGAGAAAGGUUCGAAAGAAAUUGUGUUCAAGGCAAUGGGAAGAGCCAUCAACAAGACUGUGACUAUAGUGGAGUUAAUCAAGAGAAGAAUUGUGGGUCUUCAUCAGGUAACUUCCAUCGGAUCUAUAGACAUAACUGAUACAUGGGAGCCUUUGGAGGAAGGCCUUGUCACGUUGGAGACCACAAGGCAUGUAUCAAUGAUUACAAUAACUCUCUCAAAGAAGGAAUUGGACACAUCAUCUGUUGGGUAUCAGCCUCCGUUACCUGCUGAGAUGGUGAAGACAUCACCAGAGCUUUAUUAUGAAGGAGAGGGAUCACCUAAUGGUCGAGGAAGAGGCCGUGGUGGUAGAGGAAGACCAAGAGCUAGAGGGAAUGGUUUUGUGAAUUCUGAGUAUGACGAUGGAGGUUAUGACCGCAACCAAGGUUAUGCUAGGGGUAGGGGUCGAGGAAGAGGACGUGGUUUUCGUGGCCGCGGAAGAGGAGGAUACAAUGGACCUUAUGCUGAUACACAACAAGACAGAGGAUACAAUGGACCUUAUGCUGAUACACAACAAGACAGAGGAUACAAUCAAGAACCACCUGCUCAGAACCGCGGCCGUGGCCGUGGAAGGGGAACUCGUGGAAGAGGCCGUGGUUACAGAUCAAAUGGACCAAUCCAGGCAACUGCACAAGUUGCAUAAUACAUUCCUGAAAGAUUGCGGUUCAAUUCUCAUAUGUGCUUCCUCCAUAUUUUACUAUUAUCCAUUGCUAUUUUCUAGGUUACUCAAAUGACAUUGUGGCUAGGCUCUGUUUGUGUAACCAUUUUAGACUUGAUAGAGAUUAGGUUCUUGUGGCCAUUCUUUCUUUGUUGUAGAGAUAGGUGAUUGACAUGUUAAUUUUGACUGAGCAGCACAUUCUUUUAUUCUAACUACCAAGGACUGAGAUUGUCAUCACUUGAUGUUUAUCAUUUUGUUGGGGAUUG